UUGAAGUGAAGGUAAUUAGUGCGCACCUGCUGCCCUCUCCCCCCUCACCCCCCUCACUGUGCUUAGACCACAUACACGCGCUAUUUAUAGGGUUGAGGAAGUUUGUGUAGCGAGUUUGUUGCACUGGUUUGCACGUUGUGUUCACAUUGCACGUUUAAGUAUAUGUAGUGGUGUUUUGUAUCCUGUGUGUGCUUCCUGUCCCUUCACUGAAAAUGGAAGACGUUUCUCAUCCUUCACAAUCGGAUGCUGAGCAAUCACACCCCCAAGUUCAUCACAGUAGACCAUUUUUCUAUGUCCAACCACCUUCCCAACCUUAUUUCAUGUACCAAUGGCCAAUGGAUCCGUUUGGACAGUAUGGCUACCCAGGACCAGUGUUUCCAUUUGGACGUCCUUACAUGCCUCCAUAUCAAUUUAUGCAGUAUCCUGGUUACAUGGUCCCACAUGCACCCAUGCAGCCGACUGAUUACAGAAGGAUGGCCCCUGUUUUUCCUUCUGUUUCCUCCUAUGACCUUCGUUUCCGUCAGCACUUCCAACAGAUGACCAUGCAUCAUGAGACCACUUCAUCUGAAGUCCAGACGGAGCCUGGAGGUCCAGUUAGUAAAUUGAUGGACUGCCUAGAAGGUCUACAAGCAAGUGAAAAGUCUGGAGUGGUCAGGGAAGCUAAUGUGAUGUUUUCCUCGACCCCUGCUGUAAUCUCAUUCACUCAUGAGGUGGAGAAGAUGAACUAUGGAGAGAAGUUAAAUAAGGACCCUGUUUCUCAGCAAGACAAGGGGAACCAGGAUGGUUCUGUGAAACUGGUGACUCUCUGUGACUCUGCUGUGUAUGAUGUAGAGUCAAACCAAGGCCAUUCAGAGGAGUGUGUGUUGUCUGAUGUGCUGCCUCUUGACAGUUCCUCCAUUCGUGAUGAAAGUCAGAGUCGUGAACAAGAUUACAAACGAGGUGACUUGGAGAUGCUGUGCUUUCGGAGCGAGAAAUCUGGCACUAAUGUCAGCAAUGGAAACUGUUCAAAGGUCCAAGACUCUGGAGCUCAUGUUUCUAAUAGCAGUGAGCUGUCUGACCUGUGUGUGGGUAAGUCCUCCAUCCAAAGUGAGAAGGUUCAGAAUUUGCCUCCUGAAUCUGUAGAGGUUACUGAGCCUCUGUUGCAGAUGACUGCAGACUGUGAUCUGCCAUAUCAAAUUCUCCGCCUUCCUUGCAAUAAGACCACCACAGGUUUGUUGCUUCACAACGAGGUGAACCCAUUGCUGUACAUGGAUCCUGCAUCUGCUCUAUUGCCUUCUAAACGAUACCCUUUUGGCAGCCCUUACGCCCAUAACUACUACCCUCAGGUGGUUCCUGAGCGGCAGAGCGUCCUCAGUCCUUCAUUAGAUGAGUUGUCUUCCAGGGAUGAGAUGUUUUCCACUGAUGUUGAAGAUGAUCUUGCGUCAGGACAAACCUAUGUAGAUGGUGGCAAACUGGCAGAAACCAGUGCUGUUCACACUCGCUCUGAAAUGGAUCAUGCAGAUAAUGCAUGCUCUGUCUGGGCCAAAACGUGCGCCUGUUGUGGAGCAAGCCUUCCAGAUGAAGAUGUCGAUCCUGUAGAGCCGUUGGAUCAAGAUUGCAACUGUGGGUUGGAGGACAACAAUGUGGUGCCGAUAAACGGUGACGUUCCAAAAGUGUUAAGGUGGCAUGGACCAUCUCAUUGUGCUCCAGUUUCCAAACACAAAGCCAAGAAAGUGUUUGAGGUUGCAGAUUCAAGUGAGCUGGACCAAGACCAUGGUAGAGGAGAGUGUGGUGAGCAGCACUAUUCCCCUGCUAAAGGAGAUAAGGGCAGAGGAAAAGGUCAAAAGGAACACUUGCAGAGAGAAAGUCCAGGAGAGAUGAUUGAGCAGGAAAAUUGGACUGCUUGCAGUACCCAGCAGAGAUCACGAUCCUGCAGGCCAGCCAAUGGUCUUCAAGAAAAAGGAAGACCUGCAAGACGAAAGCCUUCCGGCAAAACAUUUGAUCAGCAAAGGCUGAGGAGAAACGAAUACGAUGACCACAAUGAGGCAGAGUUUUCCUACUGCCAAAGGGGCAGAGGGUCUAUGAAAAGAAGAGGCACGAGAUACUAAGCAACAAAGAGCACUGCUUUAAUACUUGAAUGUAUUUCCUAAUCUAAACACUACUGCACUACGGACUGCACAAAAGCAUGCAAUAAUAAAAUAACCGAGCACUGGUAUUUGUGUAAAUAAUGGGAGGUAAUGAUAAAAUGAACGCCUUGCUGCAUUUCUAAUAUUCGCACCACUUAAUUUUGGAUGCUGUGCAUUCAUCCUAAUCAUAUCUGAAGAUGAUUUCUCUGGACCAUGCUUUGACAUGUUACUUGUGGCUGGAUCUGGGAGGUGUAGGUCCAGCCUGUUCAGUGCUCAUGCUUGGCUUUUUAAGGUCUGAUUCACUGAAUCCAUGCUCAGAUAUUUUUUAUUUUCUUUCCCGGGCAUUAGAAAUGCAGCUGACUGAAAUACCUCGACAGUCUGGCUGAGCCUGGUCCAGACCUGUCGUUUUAUGGUGCGACCUGUUUUAAACCUGUAAUGCAGUGUAAUGUUGACGUACAGAUGUGUUGCUUGCACAGUGGUGUCAUUAAAAUCUUUGCAUUGCACUUGA